CAGUUACUUGGCAACAGAAUAAAGCACCAAUUAAAUUGUGCGAAAACAGACUGAUUAAAAAAAAUAAAACUACAACUGAGGCCACGCUCCGGCGAAAUUAAGCAGUCUUUAUCGUGAGUCACUCACAAUGUACCAAAUUAAGUCCGAGGGAAAUGAUCAGGUUUACCAGCGAACCAUGGAAGCCCAGCACACUGGGCUUUUUCAGGCACCUCCUGUCGGUUACGUUCUUAACACAAUGCCAAACCUGCCGUCCUCUUCCAUGGGCUGCGCCCAGAUGCCGCAGCCUCCACCUCCCACUGCGUUUCCGCUUUAUGAGGAGAUGUACAACUGUAUGCAGCAGCGUUGGAUGUACUCACUGUCAGGCGUUCCUGCCCAGGUAAAGCAAGACAGUACGCUAACCCUGGCAUCUGUUCCUGUAAGAAGAACCAAUGAGCAGCCAGCAGCAGAGGACAUGGAUUCACUGCAAGGACCAAACAGUUUUGUUAUGGCACAAGUGCUGGAGAAGACUUUGAAGAAGACAGUCUCUUCUUGGGAACGUGGGAUCGGAUACAGCAUGGCUGUAACUGGAGAUGAGACAGAAGCAGGCACUGUUGCUGCUGGCGACUUUCCCAACUGCCAGCAACGCAACCCCACCUCUAGACUGUUGAAGACCGAGUCCGGGUUUGGGAGUUACGGCCCUCAGAAGCCUUUAGAGGACUCCUUGCAGAAGAGGGAGCUCCGCCUAAUGAAAAACAGGGAAGCUGCGCGAGAGUGUCGGCGAAAGAAGAAGGAGUACGUCUCAUGCCUGGAAAACCGUGUGGCCGUGCUGGAGCAGCAAAACAAGACUCUCAUAGAGGAGCUCAGAGCCCUGAAAGACAUCUACGGACACAAAGUGGAGUGACUGCGUUGCAGAGGAGAUGGGCAACUUGGGAUCCCGUGGACUUUUGUCUGUUUCAGUGGCGUGUUUUUGAAUGGAGUCUGGAAUAACAAACGCGCUGACACAAAGCACUCCUCGUCGUUAAUUUUCUGUGUUCACACAAUGAUGUCAGGAUUUCGAGGGUCGCAAUUAUCCAACACCAGCAGGACAAACGAGAGCGAGUAUUAGGGGGGAAGGUUUGUAAGCGCGCCGGUGUUUACCGGACACAAAUGAGUGAGGUUGAGUGAAAAUAGCAGAAGUCACUGCCUUUAUUCAUGCCGCCAUCUCAUUUUAUUAGUGUCGCAUUCUGUAUUCCGCAUGAUUAGCUCGACAUUGUUUUGCAUCGCCAGCUGAUGUUGUGAGAAGAAAAAAAACUUGAGAAUGUAUUUCAAAAAACUAAAUUUACUAUUAUUCCUCUCUAAAAAAAAAAAAAAAUCCUGAUAUUAUUAUAGUUGCAGGAUAUUCAAUAUUUUAGCUGAAAACCAGACUAUAAGGUCCCAAAGUUCAUAUAAGCGAUGACAUGUCUCAAGACAAGUAUCAUUGCUUAUUUAUUUUUGGGCAGUUUUUUUUUUGCCUCAACAGUUUUAUGUUAGAUGUAUAUUUUGUUAAUAAAAUCCCUCAUUUGUUUUGUGAGUGAGGAAAGGAGGUUUAUAUUAACAAUACUGUUUAAACCCAUUUUGCCUGCCGGAUUUUGUGUUUUAUUUAUUUUUGUUAUGUGUUUUUAUUCUCUUCAAACACUGUUUGAUGGGUUUAGUUUCACCAUAUUAAAAGAUCUUAGACUUUUACACCGA